AUGUUGGGGGAACCAAGUAUGCCGAUGGCCUGGAGUGCAGUGAUCAGUAAUGUGUCCGUUGUGGAUAAGGUGCGACCGGAAAUGUUACACCUGGUAGACGCACACUGGUAUCAGUUUCCACCUCUGAACCCGCUGUGGCACUCGAUAUUGGGAUUCUUCAUCUUCAUGAUGGCUUGCGUUUCAAUCGCUGGCAACGGAUGCGUGAUAUAUAUCUUUACGACUACCAAAUCACUGCGCACUCCCGCGAACCUGUUUGUAGUCAAUCUUGCCUUCUCCGAUUUCCUGAUGAUGUUUUGCAUGGCACCUCCCUUGAUAGUCAACUGUUACAACGAAACUUGGAUCUUUGGGCCGCUCAUGUGUCAAAUCUACGGAAUGCUCGGAUCCUUGUACGGUAGUGUUUCGAUUUGGAGCAUGACGAUGAUCGCCUUCGACCGGUAUACCGUGAUCGUGAAGGGACUUUCAGCGAAACCGAUGACCUACAACGGAUCGUUAUUGAAAAUUCUUUUUGUAUGGCUAAACUCUAUCCUCUGGACUGUAGCUCCAGUGUUCGGCUGGAACCGAUACGUACCGGAAGGAAAUAUGGCAGUUUGUGGAACGGAUUACCUUUCUUUGGACAUUGUCAGCACUUCAUACAUCGUGGCGUACUCAGUCUUCGUCUACUGGUUGCCUCUGUUCCUGAUCAUCUAUUCUUACUAUUACAUUCUCAAGGCCGUAUCCGAACACGAGAAGAACAUGCGUGAGCAGGCCAAAAAGAUGAACGUAGCUUCACUCCGAUCGUCGGAUACCGCCAAGCAAAGCGCCGAAAUCAAACUGGCAAAGGUUGCCCUGGUAACCAUAUCGCUAUGGUUCCUAGCUUGGACGCCAUACCUAGUGAUCAACUAUGCUGGAAUGUUCCACGCCGCAUCAAUCAGCCCGUUGUCCACGAUCUGGAGUUCACUGUUUGCGAAAGCCAACGCCGUCUACAAUCCCAUUGUGUACGGUAUCAGCCAUCCGAAGUACCGUGCGGCCCUGUACAAAACGUUCCCAUCGUUGGCGUGCACCUCGGAUAGCCCACCGGCUGCCGACGAGCAAUCGGUGGCUUCCGGGACAACGAUUUCAUCGGAGGCUCAGAACAACAACUGCAAUGCCUAA